AUGAUUAUUUAUUUUUUCGGAAGAGGCUCUGGUCUAAGCGUGGUGUUCCACGUAGAACCUCACGAUUAUCCAGAUUGGUCUCAAUCGCCAUAUUACGGAGCUAAGAUUUUAAUCUCAGAUCCGAAUGAUUACCCUGAAAUAACGGUACUAUAUAAAUAUGUAAAAGUAGGGGACGCGCUAGAAAUCAAAGUAGAGCCAAUGGUAUUCACUAGCGAUGACAACCUCCGCAGUGUUCCGAUAGAUAAACGAGGCUGUAGCUUCCAUGACGAAACUAUUUUGGUUCACACUGACAGAUACAGUACCGAGACAUGCAAGACUGAGUGCAAAAUGAAGCGAUACAAAGAGGGAUGUGGCUGUGUCCCUUACAAAUAUCCAAGCGGUAUUAAAAAUAAGUGUUUACUUUAA